AUGGCCGAAGGUAAUAAUUUUGACAAGCCAGCGUGGUAUCAGACUGAGGUCCAGAGCAUAAACGCCGAGGCCCAGCGACUAUUAGAAAGUUAUAGCAGCUUUAGGCCCGAUGAGGUGCUCCCGCACGUUCUGAAGCUGCGUGAUGAAGCAUUCUCGAUCUGUGACUACCCAUGCAUCGGGCAAUUGCGAUUCCUCUCUUUCUCUCUCCCCGAGCACACCGUGUACUCGCGCGUCCUUACUCGCCUACGUGAAGAUCCAACCGCCGGUUUCCUCGAAGCUGGAUGUUGUUUUGGACAGGAGAUUCGCUACCUGGCCGAUCAGGGCAUUCCAGGCAUCCAGCUCAUGGGAUGUGAUGUCGAGCCAGCCUUCUUUGAUCUCGGAUACAAAUUAUUCCGCGAUCAAGACACUCUCGGUGCGACGUUCGUGUCUGGAGAUCUAACGUCAGAGCAGUGCCUCGAGCCCUCGACUGAUAUUUCACGGUAUCUGGCUAGCAAGGUUGACAUUGUCUUUGCGAGCUCGCUUUUUCACUUGUGGAACUAUGAGUGCCAGGUUCGUGCCUCCAUUAAUCUGGUUCGACUUUGCCGUGAUAAACCGGGCGUGAUGGUUGUUGGACGACAGCUAGGCAGCGUUUUGGCAGGCCAUUAUUCUAUGAAAGAUGUUGGAAAAGGCGCCAAUUAUCGGCACAAUAUUGAGACUCUCAAGGGCUUAUGGUACGACGUCGGGGAGGCUACCAAUACUCGCUGGACAGUGGAAGCUGGCCUUUAUAUCGGUAGCGAGUUGGCUAAAGUCAAGGACUCUGCAUGGGCCGACGCGAACGAUCGGAUGAUCUGGUGGUGCGUAACGAGACAGUAG